AUGCUCACGCUGGAAUUCACAAACAACAUUUUCCCGCAACUAGUAGGAUUAGUGGGAUCUAAAAAUAUUUUCUCAACAUUUUCGAACUUUAGCCUUAGCCCUUAACAAUGUGAAUUUGAUGUUCCCAACUCAACGUGCCGGGCAAAAAUGAAGCGUUCAGCAAAUUUAUGCUAAUCUCUCAGAGCCAUAAAUACGUCGAGAACCGCGGCGAUUGGGAAAUUCAAAUCGUUUCGAGAGAAAGCUAAAAGCUUGUCGACUGUUUUCAGGUGUCCUAUUGCUGGCAUUUUCUGGAAUUUACUUCGGAUAUUGUACUUUUGUUUAGUUGUUAUUGCACAGUUUUUUACGGAAUACGAAGGUACGUUCUGGGGCAAGCCGUUUAUUAUGGGUUCAGCGAUCAAACAAGUGUAAAGGUUCAAGUAUAGUAACAACCAGAGAUUACCCCGCUCCGGAGCCGGCUCUCGACUCCGGCUCUGAGCGGCUCUAGCUCCAAGCCGGCAGCCUGAGCCGGAGCCGGAGACCUUUUUAAAUUUUGCCGCAAAUUUUGGCCGUGGCAAUCUCUGGGAACAAUAAUCCACAUAUCAUUUCCAAAAAAAUCAGUUUGUGUUUUGCAAGGAACAUAAAAGAGAUUUAACUGCCCUUGUAGAAAUCAGAACAUGCAAAAUGUGGGGAAGCUUUGGUUCUUAAAUCUUUGUUUCUGCAAAGCGCAGGCCAAAACACUGAAUUUUGUAAUGGAAAGAUAUAUUCUCAAUUUGCGGCAAAAUGUUGGCCACAAAUACCGCUGUUUGUACCGCAGUUUGAGCACUUCCAUCUGUUUUUGAACCUUUUUCGGAUGUCCAAAACUGAUCCAUAGGGUCAGUUUUGGACAAAUUUUCGAGCCUUGACUAGGGCCUUGUCUAGUAAUGGUUGGAUGGUCCUUUCAGCCACCAAACAAUUCAUCAUCAAUAUUUUCCUUUGACCAUGCAACAAACCCGCCAGCUUCUGAUCUGUUUGCUAAUGAUCUGCAGUAAGUAUCCAACUGUUUACCGAAAACAUUAAUUCAGACAUAAUGAUCAUUGUGGCCCGACCUACCUUAAGACCCAACCCGACCAGUCAUGAAGGCUCGUGGGAGGGAGAUGACGACCCGGAGGCGGUUGGAGACUACUUGCCCGAGAGCACCUUUACCAAAAAGUUUUUGGAGGACAUUGAGCGCUUCAUUGCGUCCAUUUUCGGGUUCAAUUUGGACAAGUAG